AUGAGUUUUGCAGAAACAGGGAGCAAUGAGAUCGCAAAAGUGUGUCACACCUUCGGCAGUGGUGUUGUUGAGCCAUUCCAAGACACCCCAUUUCAUUUAUCUACUGACUGUCCAACCACUCUCCUGCACUUCAUUCAUCAAGAUGUGGAGUACAAGAUCACCACCACCCGCAAUGCAAACACGGGUCUGAUCAAAAAAGUUGAGAUCACUCUUAACAAAAUCAGAACUGUUGUGACAAAUGGAAUGAUAUAUGUAGAGGAUAAAAGUGUUUCUCUGCCUUAUGAUCACAUGUACAAACAUAUCUACCCAUAUGGCAUCUACACUAAGCUGAAAAGCAAGAUACUGGAACUGUCUGUCAUAUGGCACUUUGAUGGAAGUGACAUUGAUCACCUCUGGGUGGAGCUAGGUGAAAACAAUAUUGAGCAGAAGAAUGCACUUUGUUGGCAAGGUGACUCUAAUCCCACCUGUCCUGGUGACCUGACAUUUUUGGAGGAGGGUAAUCCCUUCAUACCUACCUGCUCCCACCCCAACUACAAAAACAGUGAAAAGACAAUCCAGACUUGUGUGUGCCCAGACGGUAAGGUCCUCAACAAUUUUGAGAAUGGUAGUCGGUGUGUACCAAAGCAGGAAUGUCCUUGUUUAUAUGGUGGGGUGACCUUUGCACCUGGUGAAACUCGGGGGAAAAAAUGUCAGUUGUGUACCUGCCAAAAUGGCGCAUGGACAUGUUCAAAUAUGACCUGCCAAAGAAGGUGUAUAAUUGAAGGAGGAUUGGUGACGACAUAUGAUGGUAAAGAGUACAUGCUGCCAAAAGCAUGCUCUUAUGUGGCAUCUAAGGGACUCAACUGGACUAUCAUCAUUGAAUUAUCUGAAGACUUCUUUUUAGGAAAAGUCAUUCUUCAAAUCAAACAGGUAUAUAUUUCUGGCAAUUGGUUUGACAUUUUCGGCGUUCAUACAUGUGUAUCCAUAUUUCCUUUCUACUUAGACGAUGUGAUGGUAUUCUGGCAGUCUUCAAUGUAUGUUCAGGUGAAAACCUCCUUUGGCAUGAAGAUCCAAGUCCAAGUUAAACCAAAAGUUCAGUUGUAUGUAACAUUACCUGAAAGUGAAUCUGGAAAUGUUAAAGGACUCUGUGGGAACCACAAUGAUGAAACCAAGGAUGACUUCAUAGGCAAGUCUGGAAUCAAUGAGAAUGUGGCAGAAUAUUUUGCCCUCUCCUGGGUAGUGGGCCAGUGUAACGGCAAAACACCUGAAAUCUGCAGCUCAGAUGUUGAAAAAUACGCCCAUGAGGACUGUUCCCACCUGACGGACCGCAGUGGUAUAUUUGCAGGGUGCCACAAUCAGGUGCUCAGUGAGGAAUAUUUCAAGGCUUGUGUGAAGAUUGUCUGCAACUGUGGGGGCAACAAGGACUGCCUGUGUGUUGCCCUUAGCAACUAUGCCAAAGCCUGUUUAAAUCAGGGCAUUGAUGUGGGGGACUGGAGGAAUGCCACAUCAUGUUCGGAAUCUUGUCACAAUGGGCAGAAGUUUUCUUACGAUGCACGGUCCUGCAACUCCACCUGCCCUUCACUAGCGGGCUCUGACCCCACCUGCGAUGUGGAUGAUGCCCCUGUUGAAGGCUGUGUCUGCCCAGAAGGUUCUCUCCUGAACAGUGAUGGCACAUUUACAGUAUCUCCAUUACCCUUUGUCCACCUCUCUCAGAUUAUGAGUGGAAACUGUGACAGUGGCUGUUAUUGCCCAGAGGGCCAAUAUGAAGACCAUAAUGGGGAUUGUGUGCCGCCUGAAGACUGCAGCUGUCUGUUCAGUGGUGUGGUAUAUAAACCUGGGCAGAUUGUUACAUCCAACUGCCAGUUAUGCGUCUGUAAGGGGGGACAUUGGGACUGUGUGGAAAGGGCCUGUCCUGGGGAGUGUGAGGUGUUUGGGAAUGGGCAUUACCAGACAUUUGACUCAAAGUGGUACCACUUUGAUGGGAACUGUGAGUACACUCUGGUAGAGGAUGACUGUGGCAGUGGGCACAAGACCUUCUCCAUCAGAGCAGAGAGUGUCCCCUGCUGUGAGGAGAAGCUGACGUGCUCCCGCCGCAUCAUUUUGGAACUGCAGGGUAAAAACACACUGAAGUUACAGGAUUUGGAAGUGGAACAGAUGGGCAAUGACACAGAGCCUCUAUACUCAGUUCAAACCAUCGGCCUGUACUUCGUGAUCUCUGUUCCCAGUCUGGAGAUCACCCUCAUAUGGGACAAGCACACCAGACUUAUCAUCAACCUUGGAGGAAGGUGGAAGAACAAGGUUUGUGGCCUCUGUGGGAACUUCAACAACAAUGAGGAGGAUGAUUUGCAGAUACGGGGGUCAAUGGAGAAGGCAGAUGCCAUAACAUCUGGAAACAGCUGGAAGAUGCCCGUCCCACAAUGCUCGGAUGUGGUUGAAGUGCAGUUUUCCUGUGACCACUUCUCCUACUGCACUAAUUGGGCUGAGCGACGUUGCAUGAUCAUCUCCAGCGACACCUUCAAGGCCUGUCACCAAAAGGUGGAUUACGUGCCGUACUAUGAAGCGUGUGUGAAGGAGGCCUGCUCCUGCAGUGUUGGAUCCCAUGGUUUCUGCACAGCUGUGGCAGCAUUUGCAGAAGCGUGCUGUGAGGAGGGCAUCAGCGUGAAGUGGCGGACUCCCGAACGCUGUCCGGUGUACUGUGAUUACUACAAUGAACAAAAUCACAGCUCAGAUGCUACAUGGCACUACAAACCAUGUGGUACACAGGACAUCAAGACCUGUGGUAAAAACAAUAUCUCCAAAAAACUGGAAGGCUGUUAUCCAAAAUGUCCAGAAGAAUUCCCUUACUUUGAUGAGAACACUAAAAAAUGUUCUGAAACCUUCAAGCCCAACUGCCCAAAUGGGAAGAUGAGGAGUGUCAUGAUUGACGAAUGCUGUGAGACCUGGGAGUGUGACUGUCAAUGUGAGCUCCAUGGAGACCCUCACUUCAUCACCUUUAAUGGAACAACCUAUGACUUCCUAGAGGACUGUACCUAUAUCCUGGUGGAAGAGAAAACGCAAAAAUAUAAUUUCUCUGUCAUUGUGGACAACUUCUAUUGCAAUGGGCUUGCCUCCUGUGCCAGGGCAGUCCGAGUGCAAUAUGGCAAAAAUAUUGUGACCCUUGCAAUCGAUUUUCAGAGACAAACUGUUGUGUCUGAAUUCAACAAUCAUGAAGUUCGACAACCAUAUGAGGACCAGGGGAUCCAAAUUAAAACAAAUAAUUGGAAGGUUUCGGUUCACAUCGAUGCAAUUCGUUCAUACGUUUCCCUCACGCCACGGUACAACCUGAACGUCAUUCUGGCAAUGAAUUACUUUCUUGGAAAUACACAAGGACAGUGUGGUGUAUGUGGUGGGGAUGCUUGUGUUCGCAAAAAUGGCACAGUGGAACCUAACAGCUGUUGUGCCGAGACUGCUCAUGACUGGUUAUACAAAGACGAAGGAAAACCUCAUUGUAAUAUCAAAACGGUGCCCUGUAAUCCUGCGCCUCCUACUCCGUGCAUGAAACCUUCACGUAUAUGUGAACUUAUUAAUCAUCAAGUCUUUAGUGAAUGCAGCAAAAAUGUGGACCUGACUCUGCUAAAGAAGAACUGCAUGUUUGAUGCCUGUAUGACGUCAAAUGAAAAUGUGUUGUGCUCAGCAUUGGAAAAAGCAGCAGAAGAUUGCCAGAAUGCUGGAUUCUGUGUUGAUUGGAGACCUCUGACCAAUGGAACCUGUGAUGUCGCAUGUCCAGAAGGGAUGAUUUACAAGCAAUGCCCAUCAACAAACUCCAUCAGCAUCUGUGACGGACGGCGCAUCCAUACAGAAAUCUUAGAUAUGCAAACAGCUGGAUGCUUCUGUCCUGACAACAAACACCGUGCUGGACGAUACAUUACCACCUGCGUCUCAGACUGCACAGACUGUAAGGGACCACAGGGAGAGCCUAAAGAGCCUGGUGAAAUAUGGGAGGCCAACUGCUACCUUUGCACAUGUGACAACGUAACCAGGACACAGAAAUGUGAACCCAAGCCCUGCCCAUCUCCACGCCCCUGCCAGGAUAACGAGACGCUGGUCAAGUUCAACACGCCAGGCUGCUGCGACACGGCUACCUGCGUUGAGAAGACCUGUGAGCACAGGGGACAUAUUUAUAAGAUUGGAGAGCAGUGGAGUGACUCCCUGCAGCCCUGUGUAUUGUACAGCUGUGAGAUAAAUGGGUUUACAAUAGAGGACAAAGUUUGUGCUGGAGGAAAUUGCCUUGAGGAACGCAGAGUUUGCGAUAAACAAAGAGGCUGCUAUACAUGUGAUCAUACCUGCAGUCCAAGGAUGUCCAGAGUGAACGUAACCAUCAAUGACUGCACAGAGCAGGUUGAGUUUCCUGUGUGUGAAGGCCAGUGCAGAACAUAUUAUCGAUGGAAUGGUGAAGAACUCAUACUGGUGCAACAAUGCUGCCUGGCGAAGACACACAUAGAGAAGAGUAAAACCUUGAUGUGUAGUGGGGGAAACACUCAGACAUUUGGGUACAAACACAUCAUAGACUGCGAGUGCAAAGUCUGUCUCGGGUGA